GGCAAGCACGACGGAUAUUUCUCAGCGCAAUAGCAAUACUUGGAAGAAUUGUGCAUUUAAAUAUAUUCGUUCGAAAUUUCAUAGUGUUAAAAUUAUUUAAACACGCGUGUAAUAAGUUACCGUUACGUGCGAAAAUGAGUGCGAAAUUGUGCAGUUUAAGUUUUCUGUUGGCGCUAACGCUACAAAUAUCGCUUGUGCUCGGCAAGCAUUUGGUCGACAAACCUUCUUUUCUAAAUCCCUGUGAUUUCAAUGACAACAACUUAAAUACGUGCUUUGCGUCGAAUUUCCAAGUAUUAUUCCGCGAAUGGAAGGAUGGCAUUCCUGGCUUAAAGUCUUUGGGUCCUUUGGAGCCGCUAUCGAUUAAGCGCCUUAAGAUAAAUCAAAGUGGUGCACUACAAAUUAAUGCCGACAUAGAAAAUUUGGUCGUGAACGGUGCCAGUGGCGCGAAGGUGGUGGAAGCAUCUGUCGACAAAAGUACUUUAGAUGUAUUUGCCAAAAUUGAAAUACCCCAGUUGGAUGCUACCGGCAAUUACAAGGUUAAAGGCUCCGUUUUGGGUCUGAACCUCAACGGACAGGGCACAGCAAGCUUCGUAGCAAAGAACAUUGUCUUGGCUUUUAACAUGAAAACCAGGGUGCGCCGCGAAGGUGAUUUAGUCUUCUCUGAAAUCUUAGACCUUAAGGCGAAAAUCCGUAAUAUCGGCGAUUUCCACAUCGAUGUGAAGAAUUUGUUUGGUGGCCAGCGCGAUAUUGAAGACACCGCCAAUGAUCUAUUCAAUCAAAACUGGCGUGAAUUAUAUGGCACUCUAGCGCCUACAUUAGAGCAAACGCUGGAAUUGGUGUUGAAGGAUCGCUUCACGAAAAUCUAUUCCUUUGUGCCCGCCAAUUUCUUUAUCACCAAUUUGCCUUGAAUAUUAACUAAAAAUGUUUAUGUAUUCGAGAGUUUUUGGUAGAAAAGCAAUUAUUGUGAUUAUUAAAUAAUUUUUUAAUUGUAAAAGUAGUUUUUAUUUAUGUACUUAAAAAUUAAAUAAAU